UUGACCACUCGGAUUUUUUAUUUAUUUGUACAGGGGUAUUUAUGACAUUUCACCCUAGAAAUAACAUAAAAAUUCGCAGAGCCCGCGCGUGAGAGACACGAUUUGCCUUAAGGGGUCUAGAUGCAUUGACUUUGGUUACACAGGGGGGCGUUGGUGAGUUUUUUUUUGACAGGGGGGUAUUUGACAAUUAGAGAUUACACAGGGGAGGUAUUUGCAAUUAGCUCUUUGUUUUUAUGAUAAUAUGUUGUUAUACUUUAAAUUUCAAUAGCUGUUGAUUGUAUGGGAAUUUGACUAACAGAGGAUUGAUUACACAAUCCUGCAAACAGAGCCAGGGCCGUGUCGUUGUAGAUAUUUGCAAUGCUUAGUAGUUUAGUACUUUGUCGACGAUAAUCGCGACAGUGAAAAUGUGAAACCGAGACGGAAAGUUUCCGAUAUUGUGAUUUUUCAUCCUACCUUUUUCGUUUUUAACUCGUUGAUUAUUUCUGUGUACUACUAUUAAACGACAUGUUUCGGUGCAUGCGGUUUUCUGACGACAUUUGCUAAUAAUUGCUAUUUGAAAUAACCCGUGUGCAGAGGCCUUCACUGGUUUUGUCGAUUGAUGAAACUGAUUGCGAAUGGCUAAAAAGAUUGGAAUUUCGUAGCUCAUUAGGCUGGAAAUAUUUUGGAAUCGACAGCUGUUAUUGAGAGAAUGGAGAAUACGGGAACUGCACUUGGUCCGAAGGGCAUGAUCAAGAAGCAUGAGCUGGUACGAAUCAUCGUCCAAUGCUUAUACUCACUAGGCUACAAUAAAUCCGCCGCAUGUUUGGAAUUAGAAUCUUGCAUUACAAGUAAGUCCCCGGAAUUUGAAUCACUUGAAUCACAGAUUUUAAAUGCAAAGUGGGAUGAUUGCAUCGGGAGUAUUAAUAAAAUCGAUGGUUUGAGUGAUGAAACGAGAGCUUCAGCAUUGUUACUUGUUCUUGAGCAGUGCUUAUUGGAAUGUUUGAAUUGUGGGGACAUCUCUCUGGCGUUGGACAUACUACGGAAACAGUUUUCAGCUUUGAAGAUUGGAAAAGAAACGGUUCACAAGCUCUCUUAUGAACUGCUCUCUUUGAAAGGGUUGGGAUUGGCUUGCAUUGAUUGUGACGAAGUUCAUGAAUUGCGAAAAAGAUUGAUAUUGAAGCUGGAAAAAGUUUUACCGCCGCCAAUUACAUUACCCGACAGAAGGCUGGAACAUUUGGUGGAAAUGGCCGUAUGUGCGCAGGUUGAGGAUUGUGUGUAUCACAAUUCAUCUGAUAUGAUAUCGCUGUACAAGGACCACAAUUGCGGGCGAGAUCAGUUUCCAACAGAAACUAUUCAGAUAUUAACUUAUCAUCAAAACGAAGUAUGGUUCGUUCAAUUCUCCAACACUGGAGAAUAUUUGGCAUCAUCAUCAAGUGACUGCACAGCCGUUAUAUGGAAGGUGCAGGAUGAUAAUAAAGUGACCCUAAAGCACAUCCUGUGCAGCCACAAAAACCCCGUCUCCUUUGUGGCAUGGAGUCCAGACGACACCAUGCUGCUCACAUGUGGAAACAUGGAAGUCCUCAAACUCUGGGAAGUGGCAACAGGCACAUGCAAGCACACGUUCGGCGACGACAGUUUCAUAGUGAGUUCUUGCGCUUGGUUUCCGGAUUCCAAGCGUCUUGUCUGUGGCAGCUCAGAUCCUAAGAAGGGCAUCUACAUGUGGGACUGUGACGGCAAUGAGAUCAAAGCAUGGAAAGGAAUGCGCAUGCCGAAGAUUCUCGAUCUUGCUGUCACACCAGAUGGGGAGAAUCUUAUCAGCAUCUUUUCAGACAAAGAGAUAAGGAUACUGAACGUGACCACAAAUGCCGAGCGUGUUAUUACAGAGGAGCACUCCAUUACGUCUCUGUCCGUAUCCGAAGAUAGUAAAUUCUUGAUUGUCAACCUUAACAGCCAAGAGAUUCAUAUGUGGGAUAUUACACGGGAAGGGGUGAAGUCACAAACGUACAAGGGGCAUGUGCAGCAGAAGUAUGUGAUUCGGUCGUGCUUUGGUGGGUUGAACAGUAUGUUUAUUGCCAGUGGUAGUGAAGAUUCCAAGGUCUACAUUUGGAACCGUCGAAGUCCUGUUCCAAUCGAGAUUUUGUCUGGGCACUCGAUGACUGUAAAUUGUGUUAGCUGGAAUCCCAGACGACCCCAAAUGUUAGCUUCUGCAAGCGAUGAUAACACAAUACGUAUAUGGGGCCCGAGUCGUUUGAAGUAGAUGAAACAAUCGAGGAAGCUCGACUGAAGAGGUCACUCGUGUGCAUAUGGCAGCCUUAGCGUUUAUUAGCUACUUUUUUCGUCUGUGGUUCCUUCUGUAAAUAUACGAGGUUUAAUGUAUAUUCUCAAGCAUUUUGUUUUGCUUUGUUUCCACAUUAUUCAAUUAAAUGAUUAGCUUGUGUUAUUGACUUUUUUAGUUGAUUAAUAAACUUUUUGUAUUUGUACUAGUUUUAUAACAUCAAAUUUUGUGAGUUGAUAUCAAUGGAACAAGUUAUUAUUGUUA